CACCUGGGUAGUGUUCCAAGAACAUGGUUAAAUGAUAAACCUAGUUAACCUACAGGAAGUGGUAAACCUGCUGAUAGACUGUCCACAGAUGCCAUUUAGCUCAGAAAAUAAGCACUCCAGGCUCUUCUAUUAGAUGAUUUACCACUACCUCAGGGUUAACUUAAGAUGGAUUAUGAGCCAGGUUCUUGGAAAACUAGGGUGUAUUGAUCUGUGUAUUUGUGUGACUUAUCUGCUCAUUUUUCACAUGAUUUUCUGUAGGCCUUUUGUCUUGCCACAAUCUGCUCUUUCCAUAUUCAUUAAAUUAAAUAAUCUUUCCUCGGAGCAAGAUAUAUUUUUGUACACAAAACUUCAUUUGGAAGCAAUAAGGUCAAUAAGGCAGCAUUAACAAGGCCUGGAUCAUUGGUGUCAGUGAUGCAGUAUUUUAGCAAACCCCACCCCUUUGUGAUGUCUGCUAUUAUUUCCGUCGCCUUUUCCUCUGCCCCCUAAGUAUCCAACGACACGAGAGCUGUCAGCUGUCACUAAGCACAUGUGGUGGCUAAAGUGCUCUGCUGCUGAAAAUAGAAAUUGAGCAGGCCAAAACUGGAUGGGGGACACACACUGCUAAGUGAAGACUUCUUGAAGGCACAGAACGCAGAAAACAAUUUCAUGAAAGUGGCCACAGGAGCCCUGCUUUCCUUAUCGGCUUCAGAAUGGAUGAGCCAGACCGAUUGAGUCACGCCUCUAGUGUGGUGACCAUUUACUCGUUCCCUUUGAGGGCUCAGACAGGUGAUGAGAAGGUUCAGACGUUUGGUAAACGGUGUUACGCUGUGAAGCGAGAUCCUAACUACCCAGUGGUGAUCAGAGGCUGGCUCUAUAAAAAGGAUAGCUCUGGACUGAAGCUUUGGAAAAGACGGUGGUUUGUUCUGUCGGAGUACUGCUUAUUUUACUAUAAAGACAGCAGAGAGGAGACUGUUUUGGGCAGCAUCCCCCUGCCAAGUUACAGCGUUCUCUUCUGCACUCCAAGAGAAUGCAAGAACCGCAAGUACACAUUCAAAGUUGCACAUCAAGGGAUGCGCACGUACGUCUUCAGUGCAGACACGCAAGAGGACAUGUUGGGCUGGGUGAGAGCCAUCAGCCAGUCAGCAACCAUGGAUACGGACUCCACCAUUAAUAAAAGGUGCAGUAGUUACCAAGACUUGACCAAGGCGGACAGCACUGAGUUCAUGCAUAUCCAUCACAGUACACCUCCAAGAAAUGUUCAAGCCAGUAAGCACAUGGACAUAGCUCAACCUCAGAGGGAGGCAGCAGAAUCAUCUGCAGAGAAACGAGGGAACAAGACAGUUGAACGGAGUGCGUCAUUGUCAAACCAAAAGCACAUUGAUGAGCGCCCCCCGUUGCCCCUUCUCUCUAUUCCUCCAUUUCACCCGUCCUUCACACAAUCCCUGCUGUGCUCCAGAGGCCCGUCAGACCUGCGGCCCCACACGCCAGCUGGGAGAGUUGAUAUCAGACCCCAUGACCUGCCACCAUUACCACCAUCCAACAAGGGGUCUGCCAUCCAGCAUAUGUCAGCCAAGGCCCUGUCAAAUCCAGCUACCCCGCACUGCCAGUCCCCUCACAGCCAUUCAUAUUCUGAGAGGUACGAUGCUCUUCAAGGGAGCGAGACCCAGCCCAGCCGAGUCCUUGAGAACCAUGUUGAUGUAUGUAAGGCACAUACUGUUGUCUUGACAAAACUCUGCGGAUGUGAUAAACAGCUUCAGUCCCUUUGUGCAGAACUAUCGCAGUUGCAAGUAGAAAAAGACAAUCUCCAGGCUGCUCUUGAAGUUAGCCACAUGCAGUGGCAGGAACCCAAGUGUACGGAAGCCCAAAUGACCCAAAAAGCCUUACUGCAAGAGGAGCUGGUCACCAUUAGAGCCAGAAUAUGUGAUGUGCUAACGGACAUGGACUGUGUGUGGUGUCAGUAUGAGAGGAUGGAAUCUGAACUGACAGUGUUCCGCUCUCAGCUUCAGCACAUAUGCCACUAUGGCUUGCACCAGGAGCAGCAUACAGUUCAGAAGCAACUUUGGAUGAUGGAGGACAUUCUCUGUGGCCUAAGAAGUAACAGGAAUCACUACAGGCUUGUGUUAGGCCUACAAGACGAGCCAAGUGCAGACAUUAUAGGACACAAUUUGGUGGCCAGGUGUGAAUCCCAGAGCCAUAGCAAAUCAUUUCCCAGCUCACCAGAGCAGAAACUGCAUGACUGGAAUCAAGAUUACAGAGUACAUACCUGGUCACCAACAGAUCCAGCUGUAAAUAUGACAGGACUAAACAACAUCUCUACAAAAGACUACCGAGGUUGGCAAGAACCAGAGAAUGCGAGGGGAACCAAUAUCUACGGUCAGACGUCGGACGUCCCAAAAGAAGUGCCUUAUUCCAAACAUCUGGCUUCUAAAGAAGAAGGAAGCACAGAGUCACAUAAAGCCGCAGCUCUGCCUCUCCGGGUCACGCGGGUGAUCACAGCCACGCUGCCCUCCGCUCUCACUGCACACCGGGUCUCUGUGCAGGACCCUCCAUCUGAACUCCUCAACCCGCUACCAGAACAGAUCCCCCAAACACUUCCUAAAAGGACCCCGAGUAAACCCUUGCGGCUGUCUUCUCAAUACUCCGUACCAGCAAGUGAGGCGGCCGUUCCAAGAUCAGUGCAACUGGCGCGUCAAAGGAGCGAGAUCAUUGGUGCUAAGGCUCCCGAACAAAGCAGACAAUAUUGCACACUAAAAGAAAACACACUCGGUCAGGAGUUGGAUGGAGAUGCACUUUCAAGAGGACUUGAUGAAAACAGAAGAGAGCAGAGAGAAGCUAAACUAAAACGAGUAGAGCGCAUCAGACAGAGAGUUAUCAGAAGUGCAUCAAGGGAGAACCAUGCUCAAAGUGGCCUUCUCCCUCUGACUGAUGUGACUGUCAGAAAACCUGUAAUGCCAGAGACUGAAGAGCUGGCAUUUGAAUGCAGUUCAAAUACCCUCCCCGGUGACCCAAAGGAAACUGAAAACGUGUUUGAGUCUCACGGUGGCUACGCAAAGGGUCAUAAACAUAAAAUCCACAACAACUUUUUAGCUCAUGUAUCAUUCCCAAUUCAGGACACUGCUCUGAUAACGAGUGCUGCCUCCAAAGACAAGUCGUCUCCCUCGUCUACCAAUAACCGAUCUGAAUGGUUCCUUUCAGCCUGUGAGUGGCAGGGAUCGAGGCCAGUAGCAAACCAUGGACUAGAAGCACGCGAUGCAACUGGGAAUGAACUUGAGGCUUUACCACACCGAUUGCACCAGACUCUGGAAAUAUCCUCUAAUAUGAAGUUGAAUAGAAAUGAGAUAGAUGUGUUAGAAGGGAUGUCCAGGUGCAAAGAAAACAGUGAAACUUUACUCAGUGUGGCAUCUGUCAAUCAGGGUGAAAAAGGAGAGACAGGUGAAACAACAUCUGACAUAUUGAAUCCAUCAGAGUUGGGGAUUGCAGCACCAGCAGUACAUUGCAAUUCUGAUGGUUGGAAAAAUAACAUUGAAAAACCAGAAAUGAUAUCGAAAAACCAGGAUAGUAUACUUGCUAACGAUCCAGUGGCACCACCUGUGUCAAAAGAGAAGUGUGUAGCUUGUGAACCUCAAGAGGUAAAUGUGGAGUUGUCUCUCUAUGAGGAGAUACCAUAUGUUUUAUCAUCCUCACAAAGGCAAAAAUCUCCAGAUGAUACUGACCAUGAAUUAAUGACUGAAUGUCCAGAGGGUGAAAUGGCAGUGCUGAACCAUUGUGCAAAUGAGGUCGAAGAUAUUGCCAUUGAAAAAAAUGGGUUGCCACUAAGUGAGAUACUGGUGUGUGUACCUGAUGAAAGCCAAAAUCACAUACAGAUCAAAAUUGACCAAUCUCUUGACAAUGCUACACUACCUGAUGAAGAGAGAGACCACAGCCCUUCAUUUGCCUGGAAGAGAGUCACCAUGGAUAGCACGUGUUUGUAAGAAAGUACCAGAUUUGGCAAAGAAUGUUUUUGUGGAGAACCCUUGGGGAGAUUAGGAAAAUAUACUUUAAGAAUGAUUUAAGAAGAAAUGAUUGCUGACUUCGAGAAGAAAUGAUUGCUACUUUCAAGUCUUGUAAAAUACAAUGCAUUUUUUUUCUUUUUUUAAAACUUUUUUUGUGGUUGAGAAACGGAGGGUAAGAUAAUCUAUUUAUGAGAUUUUGUGAGAAAUGAUAGCCAUUACAAUGCCCAGUUAACUAUUUACUUAAAAUGGCUUGUGCUUAAAAAUAAUUGUUUGUACAUGAGGCAUUAAUGAUAGAUUCACCAAUUUUACCGGGGCAUUUGGUCAAACUAAUUGAACUAAAUAAACCUGAAAUUCUAAUUUAAUUAUUGUAGGUCAAUAAGGUGUAACAAUCAUAUUUAUAUAGCAUCAUUCAAAAUAAUAUGUGUGUGAUAUUGGUUUGAGUAGCAGAUGAGCGUGAGUAGCAAACAACAAAAAAUAAAAGUUACUGCACACUACCUACUAGAAUGUACUUUAUUGUAUUGUGUCUUGAGGGAUUAAGGUUGUUACUAAUUGUCCCUUACGUCUUCAUAGUAAUCAUAUGACAGGGAUAUACUAUAUGUAUACAUGCAAUAUUUUGGUCAGUGAUGGGCUACAAUCAACUUUGGUAUGGACUGUUUUAUCUUAUUUUUCUUGUGAAUGAUGAUGCCCUUCAGUGCUACCUAGAUGAUUAGGUAUUUCAAAGUCAUCAAGCCAGUCUUGACUUGCAAAUGCUGAAUGUAAAAACACAGUAAGAAUAUAUAUCAGAAAACAACUUUGUGUAUCUCCUGGAUGUCUCUUUCACCACCUCUGGUGGACAUUUGAGGUUGUUACUGCGGGGCCUUAUUUACUGCCCUCUCCAGAGUUUUAGGCAGGAAAUGUUCUCUGUACAGGCAGUUGCAUAAUAAGACACCUUCUGUCCUUUAAAAAGUAUAUCCUGAAAAGUGGUUAUAAAAUAAAACCUAUGAGUGAAUCGAACGGUUGUUUUUUGUUAGCUUGUAGAAAGGCAUUGCAACCCACAAAGCCUUUAUAUGUAUAUUGCAUAUAAUCUGGCACAAAAGUUUGAAUUAGCAACAAAGUCAUACACUAAUUUCAGACUGACUGCAGAGUAUG